AUGGCUCCGAAACUAAAGAAGGCUCCGAAACUAAAGAAGGAACUAAUAAGAAACGAAAAAACUCGAUAUCUUAUUUUUCAGAAGAGAAGAAAGUGUUUGGAAAAGAAGGCUUUUGAAUUAUCCACUCUAUGUGGUGUUGAUGUUUGCGUCAUUGUUUACGGUCCCAAACUGAAGGACCACCGUCCAAUUGAUCAUUAUGAUGAUCAACAACCCUAUAUGUGGCCUAAAGAUCUUGAUGCAAUUUGGUGCAUGUUCACAUCGUACGAGCAACAACCUGUUAAAAAUCGUAAGAAGUGGACCCUUGAUUUGUCUCACUUCUUGAAAGAAGACAACCCAAAGGAGACUAAUGAAACUGAUCAUCAAGGUACUAAUAAUUCUUCGGUACUUGUAGAAGUAGAGGACAAGAAAAGCAAUGAUGAGGAAACCAUCAAAAAUAUCAAGCACCCUACUUGGGAUGAUCAGUACUUCAACAAUCUGUCAGGAGAACAAUUGAGAGAAUUUUGUAUCAAAUUGGAGAAAAAGCUUGAAGCCGUUAAAACUAGACAUCAAUCCUUGAAGUCUAAUUACCAAAACACGGAAAAUAGCUUUCUUGCUACACAAGGAACACAAGAAAAUUAUUCUAAUUACUUCUUGCCAUUGGACCCUAUUAUUCAUCAUGAGCAGCAACCAAUUUCUUUCUUCAGUGAUGUCGACGUGCACCCACCGUUGGAUCUCUCAAUGCCAAAUUCGAUGAUGACGGUGAACAUGGACGACAAACACCGCAUUGAACUUGGUGCUACUUCUUGUCAUAGUAAUAAUAUGAUCACACACAGUAUUGCUUCUCCUACAAACAGAGGUCCAAUUUUUCCGGCGAGGUUUGGGAUAGUGGAGAAUAAUGAUGUGGUUACAGACAAUUCUAGGGCUCAGAUGUGCUACUACACUCCAACCAUGCAACCCAUGUUACCAUCAACGUCAAAUUUGAUGAAGAUGAAUGAUGAAGAUUACAACAUUGGACUUGGGGGUGAUUUCGGCAGCAAUGUCAUCACAUACAAUACUGGUCUUAUUUAUGAUGAUACCAUGUUUGGUACAGUGGAGAAUGCGAUCAUGGAUGACCUUCCAAUGCCUCCUCCGGUGUGCUACUAUGGUGGUCCGACGGUGUUCUCAAGUUUUCCAUCUUAUAUGCAUGCUAGCUUCUGA